AUGAAACUAAUCCUAAUUGCCCUAGCAGUAGUCGCGGUGAGCUCGGCUGCUCAACUCUCCGGAAAUGAGCCAAUUCCAAUAGUGAGCCAAAGCGCUGAAGUGAACUUUGACGGCUCAUACCAUUCAUCAUACGAAACUGGAAAUGGGAUUUCUUAUGGUGAGCAAGGUCAGUUAAAAAACGCCGGUAACAAAGACGCCGAGGCCGAAGAAGUUCAAGGGUUUGUCCGGUAUACCUCCCCAGAAGGUACUCCAAUCGAACUUCAAUUCGUCGCUAACGAAAAUGGUUUCCAAGCGCAAGGGGCACAUCUUCCAGUGGCACCUUCGCCUCCACCAAUUCCACCUGCGAUUCUUAGGUCUCUUGAAUAUAACGCUGCCCACCCCGAACAGGAUCAACUGCAAUGAUCUAGUCAAAAUUGUGUAGAUAUUUAUGAAAUAACGCAUGUGAUCAAAUAAUAUGGUGAACAACUGCCAAAUGACAUUUUUUUAAGUUUGUAAAUAAAAACGUGUGCUAUGCACACAAAAUCUUUUGAAGGUGUGCUUAUAUUUAGUUACCCUUGGUUUAUAUACCUAGAAUUUGCAUUUGGUUCUACUUAUAGAAUGCUCUAUAUGCGAAAAAUUACACAAAGUUAAAAUUGUUGAAGCAAUAAUAAUUUAUAAACAUAACCUGAUCUUUCUUGUAGGCUGACACCUAAACAACACCGCUUAUUAUUUAGUCCGCAAUUAAUAAAUC